AUGGCAUCAACAAUUUCAUCUCAACCCUUCAUCCUCUCACGCAUCACCAACACAUCAUCACUCCACCCACCUCUCCACAAACCCAACCAACUUCCCUCCCUCUUCUUCCUCCGCCGCCCCCGUCAACGGCGUCGUUUUAUCAUAUCUUGCCACGUCGACGGAGACGAUGUCGUUUCAACUCGUAAUUCAGGUUUCGAUAGAGGCUUUACGGUCAUCGCUAACAUGCUUCGCCGUAUCAAACCCCUCGACAACUCCGUUAUCUCUAUAGGUGUUUCUACCGCUGCUAAAGAUUCUAUGAAACAAACUAUUUCCACUAUGCUUGGUUUGUUACCUUCUGAUCAUUUCUCUGUUACUGUUAGUCUUUCUAUUCAGCCGCUUCAUCGGUUGCUUGUUUCUUCCAUCAUCACAGGCUACACGCUGUGGAAUGCGGAGUACAGGACAUCCUUGACGAGGAAUCUGGAAAUGUCUUGUGCGGAUGGAGUGUCAGAAUGUCAAACACCUUUGGAGAUAAUGGAGGUCAAGGGUGGAGGAGAAGAAAACGGGGAAAAUAAGAAGGUUUUUUCUGAUUCAGGAAUCAAUGAUUUGGAAACUUGCAGCAACAUCAGUAGUGGUGCGGGAGUCUUUGGAGAUUUGCCGCCCCAGGCUUUGAAAUACAUUCAACAAUUGCAGUCUGAGUUGUCAAACACAAAGGAGGAACUGAAUGCGCAGAAGCAAGAAAUGAUGCAAUUAGAACAUGACAGGGGAAUUCGGAAUAAUUUACUGGAAUAUCUUCGCUCUUUCGAUCCUGAUAGGGUGAAUGAAAUGUCGCGACCUUCGUCUGUUGAAGUGGAGGAUAUAAUUCACCAACUUGUUCAAAACAUUAUGAGAAGAUUCCUUGUUGACGAAGCUAGCUCUAACUUUAUGGAACAGUCAGAAGAAGGAAAUGUAGACUAUCACCUCGACGACAGUGAUGAGCUUAGUGAUACAGUAGCCACUUCUCGCGAUUACCUAGCGAAGUUGCUUUUCUGGUGUAUGUUAUUGGGUCAUCACUUAAGAGGAUUGGAAAACAGAUUGCAUUUGAGCUGUGUUGUUGGACUUUUAUAG